CUAUUUAUUAAAAUUUUUUGGCUAAAUUUUAAAACAACUAAGUAAUGAUAAAUAUCAGCUGAUGCUGUCAUUAACACUAGAUGCUUAAUGAAUGUACAUAUUUAGAUAAGUUGUUGACUAUUGUGCAAUUCUAUAAAGUCAGAUAAUUAAGAGUUUUGCCAGAGCAAUAAGGGAAGGUGAGAAAAUGCUUUCAUUUGUUUUGUUGGGAACCCGGGGGAAGCUUAAGGAAAUAUUUAAUGUACAACAAGUGAUUUCUUAUGAUUUGAAAAAUACAGGAACAUGAGCAAAGCUUAGUACUUUUAAGAUUUAUUUUGUAAAAACAUGUUGACAAAUAAUAAAUAUGUUGCCUGCAUUUUGAACAUUAAAACAAAUAUAAAACACAAAAAUCCAACUUUAGCACUGAGCUUUCAUGCCAUAUUUGGAUUUAGAUACUAAGUAUUUUAUAGAAAGAAGUUUUCAAAGUUUCAUCAAUGCUCUCAUUGUAUGUCUUUUCUAUUCUUUACCAAAGUCUUUGGUGAAAUUUAAAAAGUUGCUGUUGACAAGUAGUUAUUUGUUUUCUGAGAUAUUCUAAAACAUGCAAGAAAAUGCUUCCAUUUGGAUUUAGAAACAGCUUAACUAAUUGCUGAAAAUCUGCAAUAGCCUUCAUAAGAAUUUAAUGUAUUCUUUUUUUUUUUGGUACCCAGGAUUGAACUGACAACCUUGCAUUUGCCAAGCAGGCACUUCUGCCACUGAGCUAAAUCCCUGGCCAAUUUAAUGUAUUCUUGUUUAGCAGUUGCGAAAAUUUGUUGUGUGAGGUUUGUUUUCCCCAUUUUAAAGAUGAGGAAACUUAGACUUAUGGUCUAAAAUACUUACCUGUUCCAGUUCAUGUAAGUAGUGUCACAGAGUAGUUGUUUGAACCAGGGCUGUUUAUUCAAAGUCCGUGGUUUUCCUCCAAAUCUGAAAACACAUGCUUUGUCUUUUAUUUAAUGCUAUUAUUCUACAACACAAUUUAGUAUGUAGUUAUUUUGGAAUAUUAAGUUUUGUCUCAAGCACUAGGUUAUGCUGGCUAUAUUUUUGCUCAGGUGAAUUUCAAUGAACUGGAUAGUAAAAAAAUACAUUUAUCUAGUUUCAAAUUGUGUAGUUCUCUUUCUACAUUUCUCAGGCCAGCAAAAUAUUUUCUGGCUUUAAGUUUCCCUUUAAGAAAUAUUUUAAAGAGGAUUAGUCUUAAAUUUUAGAAUCUUGUGAAAUAAGCUCUAGUUAAGCUGAGAUAUCCAGCUUUUCUAUUUUAAUAUUACAUGUUAAAAAUUUACAUCCAAUGAUGGAUUCCACAUAGUGUCUUCGCCAUAGUAGAUGCUUAUUAACUAUUUGUUGAAAUGAAAAUGCCUUGUCAUACUGCAACUAACUUUUUGAUAUUGCCAUUUCUAGUUUAGCAUAGUAGUAACAUGUGUUUAGCUCCCAGUGUUUAUUUUGAAAUGGUUACUACAGAGCUUUUAUAUCAUUCAUUCACAAAUGUAAUACAUCACAACCUACUGCUGUUGUUUGCCAGCAUAAAGCAAACUUUUAAAUUUUCACUUUUGAGGCAAAAACACUAGUUGAUAUCUUUUUUAUAUAUAGGUUAAUAAAGAAUUGGGGGGGCCGUGCUGGAAACCAAACCCAACCUUGUGAAUGGUAGGCAAGGUCUCUACCAGUCAGCUACAACCUUGCUACCAGGAAAUAACUUUUAAGACCCUGACUGUUUUGCCACUGCUCAAAGAAAAUUUCUUAAAGUACUUGAACUUUGUUAAAAUAGAUUUUUAUGGCUUUGAGAAAUAUUUUUAUUUAAACAUAACGUGCAGCUUUAGGAGUUUCUGCAACAGUUUGCUUUCUUGUUUGCGUUUCUUCAGGGUUAGCUUAUAACUAGUUAGCAACUUUAUUUUCCCCAUGUUUAACUAUUUAAACAUUUCUUUAUUUUCCUAGUAGAAAAUAAGCCCUAUAAAAGCCGGAACUAUUACUAUCUGCACUAGUACUUUACUUAUAGAAAUUCUCACCAUUUUCUAAAUUGAAUAGAAACUGCAGUCUUUCAUGAACUGAAAAAUAUUCCAUUUACAUAAGCACUUAGAAACAGUAGCUCAUGAAAAGCUGAUGGAGAAUGGCAGCUGUGAAUUGCAUUUUUUAGCUACUCUAGCUCAAGAGACUGGGGUGUGGAAAAACCCGGUACUGUGCAGUAUUCUUUCCCAGGAACCAUUGGAUAAGGAUAAAGUGAAUGAAUUUUUAGCUUUUGAGGGUCCCAUCUUGUUGGAUAUGAGAAUUAAACAUCUAAUCAAAACAAAUCAGUUAAGUCAAGCAACUGCUCUAGCAAAGCUGUGUUCUGAUCAUCCAGAGAUUGGUACAAAAGGUAGUUUUAAGCAAACUUACCUUGUCUGUCUUUGCACGUCAUCACCAAAUGAGAAGUUGAUUGAAGAGAUUUCAGAAGUUGAUUGCAAAGAUGCACUAGAAAUGAUCUGUAACUUAGAAUCUGAAGGCGAUGAAAAAAAUGCUCUUGUUUUAUGUACUGCAUUUUUAUCACGUCAGCUCCAACAAGGAGAUAUGUACUGUGCUUGGGAACUUACUCUAUUUUGGAGUAAAUUACAGCAAAGGGUAGAACCAUCUGUACAAGUGUACCUAGAGAGGUGCCGGCAACUUUCUUUGUUAACGAAGACUGUAUAUCAUAUUUUCUUCCUGAUUAAAGUUAUUAAUUCAGAGACUGAAGGGGCUGGACUUGCUACCUGUAUAGAAUUAUGUGUAAAAGCUCUUCGCUUGGAUGCCACAGAAAAUACCGAAGUGAAAAUUUCUAUUUGCAAGACCAUUUCAUGUUUGUUACCUGAUGAUCUGGAAGUUAAACGAGCUUGUCAACUGAGUGAAUUUCUUAUUGAGCCUACAGUAGAUGCAUAUUAUGCUGUGGAAAUUCUGUAUAACCAGCCAGACCAGAAAUACGAUGAAGAGAAUCUUCCAAUACCAAAUUCUCUACGCUGUGAGCUCCUCCUUGUUCUGAAAACUCAGUGGCCUUUUGAUCCAGAAUUUUGGGAUUGGAAAACCUUAAAACGACAGUGUCUUGCACUAAUGGGAGAAGAAGCAUCCAUUGUGUCUUCAAUUGAUGAAUUAAAUGACAGUGAAGUAUAUGAAAAAGUAGUAGACUACCAGGAAGGAAGUAAAGAACCUUCUGUGAAUGGACUUUCUGGUGCAGUUAGUGCUAACUCUGGCUUCCUUAAAGAUAUCAGUGAUGAAAAGCAAAAGAAGAAGGAGAUAAAACAAUUGAGAGAGAGAGGAUUUAUAUCUGCUAGGUUUAGGAAUUGGCAAGCAUACAUGCAGUACUGUGUACUAUGUGACAAAGAAUUCCUUGGCCACAGAAUAGUACGACAUGCCCAGAAACAUUAUAAAGAUGGGAUUUACAGUUGCCCCAUAUGUGCAAAAAAUUUCAAUUCUAAAGAAACUUUUGUCCCUCAUGUCACAUUGCAUGUUAAACAAUCUAGUAAAGAAAGAUUAGCAGCUAUGAAACCAUUAAGAAGAUUAGGAAGGCCUCCUAAGAUCACAACUACCCAUGAAAAUCAAAAGACUAAUACGGUAACUAAGCAGGAACAACGACCUAUUAAAAAGAAUAGUCUCUAUUCAACAGAUUUCAUAGUAUUUAAUGACAAUGAUGGUUCAGAUGAUGAGAACGAUGACAAAGAUAAAUCUUAUGAGCCCGAAGUGAUCCCCGUCCAGAAGCCAGUACCCGUGAAUGAAUUUAAUUGCCCUGUAACUUUUUGUAAAAAGGGCUUUAAGUACUUUAAAAAUUUAAUUGCUCAUGUAAAGGGGCAUAAGGAUAAUGAAGAUGCCAAACGCUUUCUUGAAAUGCAAAGCAAAAAAGUUAUUUGCCAGUACUGUAGACGACAUUUUGUAAGUGUCACUCAUCUCAACGAUCACUUACAAAUGCACUGUGGCAGUAAACCAUAUAUCUGUAUACAGAUGAAAUGUAAGGCUGGUUUUAAUAGUUACGCAGAGCUUUUAACCCAUCGAAAGGAGCAUCAGGUCUUCAGAGCAAAAUGCAUGUUUCCUAAAUGUGGCAGAAUUUUUUCAGAAGCUUAUUUACUAUAUGAUCAUGAAGCACAACAUUAUAAUACCUACACUUGUAAGUUCACAGGUUGCGGUAAAGUUUAUCGUUCUCAGAGUGAGCUGGAAAAGCAUCUCGAUGAUCACAAUACUCCUGAAAGUGUCAUGCCUCCUGAAGACCAUCUUAUUUCAUCUGGAGAGACUGUCCAGCUUUCUAUAGCGAAUCAGAACACUGGAGAGAAUAGUGAGAAAGAAAGACUUACGCUUCCUUCAGAAAAUAAUAUGGAAAACAGCAUAACAGCAGACAAAAGUGAUGCCUGGGAUAAAAGCAAAUCAGAGCCAGCUGUGACCAAACAAGAUCAGAUUUCUGCCUCUGAGCUCAGGCAGGCUAAUGGAUCAUUGUCAAAUGGUUUAGAAACCCCUGCUACCACCACCACUACUACUACUACUCUUCAGUCCAGUGAAGUAGCUGUGUGUAUCAAGGUGUCUCUCAAUCAGAGGAUUGAAGAUAACUUUGGAAAGCAAGAAAAUUCAACUGUGGAAGGUGCUGGUCAGCCACUGGCCAGUAAUGUAAAUACACCAGUUGAAGACACUUGUAAUGAUGUGUGUCAUGCAGAUUUCCAAGAGAAAAAGGAACAGGAUUGCUUUAAUGAAGCCAAGAUUUCUCAGAAUUCUUUAGUAAAUUCAGAAACUCUCAAAAUAGAUGACCUUAACCCACAAAACUUAGAAAGACAAGUGAACAGUCUGAUGACCUUUUCUGUGCAAAAUGAGACAGAAUUUCAAAACAGUGUACCAGCUUCCAAGUUUGAGUGCGGAGAUAAUGCUAAAGCAUCAUCCAGUCUUUAUAACUUACCUCUAAAGACAUUAGAAAGUAUCACGUUUGUUCCUUCCCAGCCCAACCUAAGUAGUUCAUUAGGAACUCCAUCAGUGCCUCCAAAAGCUCCAACUCAGAAAUUCAGCUGCCAAGUUGAGGGAUGUACUCGAACUUACAAUUCUUCACAGAGUAUUGGGAAACACAUGAAGACAGCACACCCUGAUCAGUAUGCUGCAUUUAAGGUACAGCGCAAAAGUAAAAAGGAUCAGAAAUCUAACAACUUAAAUACACCAAAUAAUGCAAAAUUGGUUUAUUUUUUGCCAUCACAGGUGAGCAGCUCUAAUAAUGCAUUUUUUACACCACAGACCAAAGCCAAUGGGAAUCCUGCUUGUUCAGCCCAGUUGCAGCAUGUCUCGCCUUCCAUAUUCCCAGCUCAUUUAGCAAGUGUGUCAACUCCAUUGUUGCCCUCAAUGGAUACUGUCAUAACUUCAAAUAUACCUUCUCAGGAUAAAAAUGAACAAGGUAGUAUGUUAUGUUCUCAAAUAGAAAAUUUACCUAAUACUACCUUGCCUGCACAAAUGGAAGAUAUAACCAAAACAGUUUUGCCUUUGAAUAUUGACAGUGGCUCAGAUCCUUUCCUUCCUUUACCUGCAGAAAGUAAUUCAAUGUCUCUGUUCCCUUCACCAGCAGAUAAUGGGACUAAUUCUGUUUUUUCCCAACUGGAAAAUAGUACAAAUCAUUAUUCCUCACAGAUUGAAGGAAACACUAAUUCUUCCUUUUUAAAGGGAAAUAAUGGGGAAAAUGCAGUUUUUCCUUCCCAAGUGAAUGUUGCAAAUGAUUUCAGUAGCACCAGUGCCCAAGAGUCCACCCCUGAAAAAGUAAAAAAAGACCGUGGGCGGGGCCCAAAUGGGAAGGAAAGAAAACCCAAGCACAACAAAAGGGCUAAAUGGCCUGCAAUUAUCAGAGAUGGGAAAUUUAUCUGUAGCAGGUGUUACAGGGCUUUUUCUAAUCCCCGAUCGCUGGGUGGACACUUAUCUAAGCGAUCUUACUGUAAACCACUGGAUGGGGCAGAAAUUGCUCAAGAACUUUUACAAAACAAUGGACAGCCUUCUCUUCUUGCCAGUAUGAUUCUCUCCACAAAUGCAGUAAAUUUGCAGCAACCACAACAGUCUACCUUCAACCCAGAAGUAUGUUUUAAAGAUCCAUCAUUCCUGCAGCUUCUUGCUGCUGAAAAUCGGCCAUCAACGUUUUUAUCAAAUAUGUUUCCUCGGUCUGGUGUGAAUAACUUUAGUAGCAGUGUUAGUCAAGAAGGAAGUGAAAUUAUCAAGCAGGCUUUGGAAACUGCUGGCAUUCCCAGUACUUUUGAGGGUGCUGAAAUGCUUUCUCAGGUUGUUCCCACAGGUUGUGUCUCAGAUACAGCACAAGUAAAUUCAACAGUGCUGCCAAAUCCAACUGUUUCAUCUUUGUUGCAGACUGUAUGUCACUCAGAUACCCUGUUAACAAAUCAGAGUAGGACAUCAAAUUCUAAAACUUCCACCAUUGAGAAAUGUAGCAGUUUGCCUGUUUUUCCAACAAAUGACUUACUACUGAAAACUGUUGAAAAUGGUUUGUGCACUUCUUCAUUCACUAACUCUACUGGGCUAUCACAAAAUUUUACCAGUAACAGUCCACGUGUUUCUGUUAUAAGUGGUCCUCAGAAUGCAAGAUCCAAUCAUUUAAAUAAAAAGGGAAACAGUGCUUCUAAGAGAAGAAAGAAAGUUACUCCUCUACUAAUUGCACCUAAUGCAUCCCAAAACGUGGUACCAACCGACUUAACAAAAAUUGAACUUGUAACAAAAAGUAUUGAGAUUCCCACUACUAACUUUCAUUCAAACGUAAUUCCAAAUUGUGAGCCUCAGAGUUUGGUGGAAAAUCUAACACAGAAAUUAAAUAAUGUUGACAAUCAGUUGUUUAUGACUGAUGUAAAAGAGAACUUCAAAACCAAUCUUGAGUCCCAUGCAGUGUUACCAUCUUUAACUUUAAAAACUGAAAAUGGUGAUUCCCAAAUGAUGGCUUUGAAUUCAUGUACAACUUCAGUAAAUUCUGAUUUGCAAAUUUCUGAAGACAAUGUUAUACAGAACUUUGAGAAGACUCUUGAAAUUAUUAAAACUGCUAUGAAUUCUCAGAUACUUGAGGUAAAAAGUGGAUCUCAGGGUGCUGUUGAAACAUCACAGAAUACUCAGAUAAAUUACAAUGUUCAGCUUCCUUCAGGAAACUCUGUUCAAAAUAACAAAUUACCUGAAUCAUCUCAGUUUUCCUCUUUCUUAAGUGUCAUGCCAACAAAAAGUAACCUUCCUCAGCCUGAAGUAUUACAUAAGGAAGAUCAACUACAAGAAAUUUUAGAAGGUUUACAAAAAUUAAAAUUAGAAAAUGAUCUAUCCCCUCCAUUGUCCCAGUGUAUACUAAUAAAUACAUCAGUGACACUGACUCCUACUCCUGUUAAACCACUUUCAAAUGUCACAGUUGUUCAACCAGUUUCUGAAAUAGUACAUGUUCAGUUUAGUGACAAAGUUAAUAAACCCUUUGUGUGUCAGAACCAAGGCUGUAACUACAGUGCUAUGACAAAGGAUGCACUAUUUAAGCACUAUGGUAAAAUCCACCAGUAUACUCCAGAAAUGAUUCUUGAAAUUAAGAAGAAUCAGUUGAAAUUUGCUCCAUUUAAAUGUGUGGUACCUACAUGCACAAAAACAUUUACAAGAAAUUCUAAUCUCCGUGCACACUGUCAGCUGGUGCAUCAUUUUACAACAGAAGAAAUGGUGAAGUUAAAAAUCAAAAGGCCUUAUGGAAGAAAGUCUCAGAAUGAAAGUUUAUCAACCCCACGAAUUACACAAGUGAAAAAGCAGCCAGCUAUGACAGAGGACAAUAAAAGGGAAUUACACUCCACUUUGCAUUUGAGAGCAGAGACAGAAAAUCCCCUCCAUAAUGUAGCAGUGAUACCAGAAAAACAGCUUUUGGAAAAAAAAAGUCCUGAAAAAUCUGAAAGUUCACAGCUGAUUGUAGUUAAUUCUGAACAGUGCAAUACAGAUUCUCCCACAGAUACUCAAAAUAAAGGACGAAAAAUUAAGAGGCAUAAAAAAGAAAAAGAGGAAAAAAAACGAAAGAAGCCAGUUUCCCAGUCUCUUGAAUUUCCAACAAGAUACAGUCCCUAUAGACCGUACCGUUGUGUUCACCAGGGGUGCUUUGCUGCUUUUACAAUACAGCAAAACCUAAUUCUUCACUAUCAGGCUGUGCACAAAUCAGAUCUUCCUGCAUUUUCUGCAGAGGUUGAAGAGGAGAGUGAAACUGGGAAAGAAAGUGAGGAAGCUGAAACUAAACAAACAAUGAAAGAGUUUCGGUGUCAGGUGAGUGACUGUUCUCGAAUUUUCCAAGCAAUUACUGGGCUAAUACAACACUACAUGAAACUUCAUGAAAUGACUCCUGAAGAAAUAGAAAGUAUGACAGCUUCUGUGGAUGUUGGCAAAUUUCCAUGUGACCAAUUGGAAUGUAAAUCUUCAUUUACAACGUAUUUGAACUACGUUGUUCAUCUUGAAGCAGACCAUGGGCUUGGAGCAAGAGCAAAUAAAACAGAAGAAGAUGGUGUAUACAAAUGUGAUUGUGAAGGUUGUGACCGGAUAUAUGCUACGCGAUCUAAUCUCCUCCGACACAUUUUCAAUAAGCAUAAUGACAAACAUAAAGCUCAUUUGAUUCGGCCAAGAAAAUUAACACCUGGCCAGGAAAAUAUGUCAAGCAAGGCAAACCAAGAAAAGUCAAAAUGUAAACUACGAGGAACAAAACACAGAUCUGGAAAGGAAGGAAUCAAAAUGCCAAAGACCAAACGAAAGAAGAAGAGUAAUUUAGAAAACAAGAAUGCAAAAAUUAUACAGAUUGAAGAAAACAAGCCUUACUCUCUGAAACGAGGAAAACACGUAUAUUCUAUAAAGGCGAGAAAUGAUGCCUUGUCUGAAUGUACAAGUAGAUUUGUAACCCAGUAUCCGUGUAUGAUAAAGGGGUGUACGUCAGUUGUUACAAGUGAAAGCAAUAUAAUUAGACAUUACAAAUGCCAUAAGUUAUCUAAGGCAUUUACAUCACAACAUCGCAAUCUUCUUAUUUUCAAACGGUGUGAUAACACAGAAGUAAAGGAAACAUCUGAGCAAGGAGGUGACAAAAAUGAUGUGAAAGGUUCUGAUACAUGCCUACCAGAGAACAGUGAUAACUUGAGAACCACUACUUUGCCACAGAAGGAACUUGAAAAAAAUGAGAAAGAUGAAAUGGAUGAGCUAACAGAAUUAUUUAUUACAAAAUUAAUAAAUGAAGAUAGCACAAUUGUGGAAACCCAAGCAAAUACCUCUUCCAAUGUAAACAGUGAUUGUCAGGAAAGUAACCCCUGCCAGUCAGAAAAGCAAAAAGCAAGUAGUUUGAAGAGAGUUAUUAAAGAAAAAAACCUCUCACAAAAUAAAAAAAGGAAAGUUGAAAAGUCUGAACCAGAAUUAGCAGUAGAAACAAAUAGCUUGCAUAAAGAAGAAGAAACUGCUGUUGCAAUUCAAACCACUGAGGAGCAUCCUGCAUCUUUUGACUGGAGUUCAUUUAAACCAAUGGGAUUUGAAGCAUCAUUUCUGAAGUUCCUUGAGGAGUCUGCAGUGAAGCAGAAAAAAAAUACUGAUAAGGACCACCCAAAUAGUGGAACUAAAAGAGGAUCACAUUCAAAUUCAAGAAAAAAUACUGAUAAGACUUCUGUGACUAGUGGAAAUCAUAUAUGUUCCUCUAAAGAAAGUGAAAUUUUUGUACAGUUUGCCAAUCCAUCACAGCUUCAGUGCAGUGGUAAUGUAAAAAUUGUUUUAGACAAGACUCUUAAAGAUUGCACUGAGCUUGUCUUAAAACAACUUCAGGAAAUGAAACCUACCGUCAGUCUGAAAAAACUUGAAGUACAUUCAAAUGAUCCAGAUAAUGUCUGCUGUGAAAGAAAUCAGUAUAAGUAAAGCCACGGGCAGAGGGCAGUACUGAUAAGUGUACUAUAAAUACAUCAUUUAUAGUUUUAUUUUAAGUAGGAAGCCAUCAAGCAUGCUGUAAUUGUGAAACUUUUAUAUUUUUUGUUGACAUGAAUUAACCUGGCCAAAAAAAAAAAAAAAAAAAUCAUGACAUUUGUCAUGUAGAACUUUUUAUCCCUAUGGGACUUGAAGACUAGAAUUAGUACUUCAGUUAUUGUAAACAUUUGAGUUAAACCUCAAAUUUUUAUCACUCAAUUGCCCUUUUCAUGAAUUACUCAAUUAUCUGUGUGAUUGGUAUGUUUCACCAGGUCACUGCUUGUGUAUAACAGUACUCUUUAUUUGUAGAUACUGUUUUGUAUAUAUUUAUUAUUGUAAAUCAUUUGCUGCCACCAGCAGUCUGUAAGUCUAAACUAUUAAAUGAUACAUUUAUAUUUGGAAUUUUAAUUUUUAACUAAUUGAUCAAAUUUUUAAAACUUCUUUUAUUGUUUUAAAUUAUGAACUUUUUGAACUAAAACUAGAAACUGCCAUAGUUUAUGAUUUUUACAUGAAACAUUUAUUUACAAGAUGAUCUCAAGACUGUUUCACAGCAUAGGCACAUGGAAUCAACAUUGCUUUGUAAAUUUGCCAUUUUGGAUUUUUGGGUGGUAUAUCCAUGUAAAGUUAAAUCAGAUUCUUCAGUAGUUUCCUAUAGCUACAGGACACCUGCCCCCCGCCAUUGCUUCUAGUUGGAUAUAGUUAUUUCGAGUCCAUGAAAUAUAAUGGAAAUGUGAAUAAAAGUUUAAUACAUUGAAGAUUUUAAACAUUGGUAUUUUAAGAAACCCUUUGUGAAUGUGAUAGAAAUUAGUGGUGUGGAGCAGUGUAAAUAUUGAGGUGGUGAUUUGUGAAGUAGCCCAGUAUUGCCUUAAAUAAAACCACAUUUCAUUCUUGUUUUAUACACGUGAUCUUAUAAAGGUUCCCCCCCAUUUUCUCAGAUUUAUAGAUUGGUGUAUAGCUUUAAACUGUAAAAACUUUUGUGAAAAGAAUUUUUUAAACAUUUUUAUAAAUCUUUAAAAAAUUAUCAUUAAAGUGAGCCCAUCUUGUGUUUAUAAAAUACAAGAAUUUUAACAUUUAUAGUUAGAUGAAACACUUUCUAUAAGGAAGUUGGAUGUUUUGAUUUUACUAUUUAUAGAUAUUAGACUGUACAGCUACAUCUGUAUUUUCUCACCAUAUCUAAUGAUACUCUUCAUUAGAUCAGUCUUCAAGAGCAGUAUUAGUUAUUAUAAUUGAUUAUUUUGAUUAUUCAGUAUAUAGUUAGCUCUUACGAUUUAUUCACCAUAUUUAUACCGUGGGUUCACAGUUAGAAGCAGAGUUUAUAUCAGUAGAGUUCAUGGCCUCUUAAUGUCUAAAGUCAGUUCUAGAAACAGAAGAAACCAUCUUUUCAAUAUUUACACUUUUGUUUGCCAUAACAUAAGUUCAAUGUACUUUUUAUAUUGUGUUAUAGUUACUCCACAAUAUUAUUAGUGUGGGAUAUUGAUGAUAUUGUGAUGAUAGAAAGAUGUGUAUAUUCCCUGUGCAGCAGUAUCAGAUUUGCAGAAGAAAUGAAGCACUUAACAGAAAUUGCUGGUACUCUUAAUAAAUAAGCAUGGUCAAGGAAUGAUCUAUUUUCUUUGGAAAAUAUUUUUUUAAGUUUUACUAUUAAAUACAGUUUUUAUUUUUAGGGCUCAGUGGGUUAUACUGAAUAGUUGGUUUCACUUUAAGGUUUAUUACCAGUAUGCAUAAAACUUGACAUUAAAAUCCCUACCAUUUGGCAAGCCCACUGUUAUUUAUUACAAUAAAAGUUGUUUUAUGGAUGAUUAAUACAUGUUUUUUCUAAACAAUAAUUUAAAUCAGUAUUUUAGAAUUUUUUUGUUAACUGAAUGUUUUUGUACAAUUUUCUUAGAACUUGAUCUGUCUGUUAAAGAUGGGCAUUUAGCAAAACUGCCUGAUGUAGCAAAGUUUAUUUCUGACCACUGUAAUAAUGAAUCACUGUUAAGUGAAGAUGCCAAUGUUUUAGGGCUUUUCCUUUGCUUAUUAGCUUAAGAAGGUUGACCACUAGACAGUUCUAUAAUUGAUGUCCUACAUUUUAGUGGCAUUUGCCACCAUUGAGUGAACUACUUUUUAUUCCAAGUACUGUAUGCAAAAAGUAAUUAUGCAAAAGUGAGCUUCUUAGCAUGGAUUUUUCUUAGCAGAAAAAUCAAAUUACAGUAUAAAAUAAUGAAUUUAUACAAUAGCAUGUUGGUAAAAUUUAAUAUGGAAUGUAAUGCCUAAGUAUUAAAAAAAAAACUCCAUGUGUUUUUUCAUGGUACAGUUUUCCUCAAUCUAUUGUCUUUGAGAUAAUUUCUUCUGCAAUACGUGUUAGUCUGAGAUAUUGCCCAAGAUUUCCUCACUUAAAAAUUGAUUUGCUUCUAUACUCAAAGUAUUUUAAAAUUACAGUUCAGAACUGUGUUGGGAGAAUAAAUCAUCUUAAAUGUCACAGCUUGGAAGUUUGAUUGUUAAAUACAAAAUUUUUUUAAAAGGCUAGACAUAUAUACAUUUUUAUCCUCCUCCAAAAAGUGGCUACUACAUGCAUUUAGGUAGAACAGUUAAAUGAGGUAAUAGUUGGCACCAUGUUAAAUGAUUGGGAGAUUGGACAUUGGUUGCAGGGAACCUAGAAAUGGACCCCCCCCCAAAUGGGAGUCAGAGAAAAGCGAGAUUAAUAAGGUUGAAAGGAAGAAAAAACUGAUGUUUACAAGAAAUGCUAAAGAAUGGUGUAGGGCAGCCUUUUUCCAAGUGAUUGAACUGAGAUUCUAAAGGUAAGUAAGGUGAAUUAUAUGACCAGAGUAAGUAUCUAAAGUACAUGUUACACUUCCCUCGGAGAAUCCAGUGCACAUUAACAUUAGAUACUGCGAAGACUGCUAAUGAAAACAUGGGAACUACUAAAGUGAGAUGUUCCAGAUUUAAUUGACCAUGAACACAUUUUUCUGAUAAUAUUAUGUAUGUUCUGCUGAAUAAUAUCUUGAGGAACAGAAUUUGGGAAGUGCUAAUCUAAAAUGUCAUUCAUUCAGCCAGGACUAGUAUCAACAUGUAUGCACAAUUCAGCUGUAUCAGCUGUUUUAAAAUGUUGAUUUUUUUAGUUGGUCUCUUUGUCCAGUCAUUUGAUUUGAUUUCUAUACUGUACUAGUUGUUAAUGCUUUGCAUAUCACCCCUUAUUCAAUAAUACUUACCAAAUGUCAACUAAGUGCACUUUGUUGAAAAUCCAUUCUUCUUACUUGCUCAAUUCCUGCUGCCUGUUCCAGGUACUCUCUUCCUACUUCACGUUUCCUGCUGUUUGACAUUUCACUGCACACACACUAAGCUGCUGCCCCUCCUCCGAAAGUAUUCGCACCUAUACCAUGUCUGGCUGGAAUGCUUACCUCUUGUUUUUAUGACUUCUUGUCCAUCUGUUAGGAAAUGUCAUCAGAUGCCCAGGUCACUCUAAAAUAAAAUGAUACCUAUGCCCA